CAUGAUAUAUUACUAUCAAAUCAAAUUAAACUUACCUACCUCCAUCUUUCUCUAGGUUUCCGUGCCAACAAGUUUAGAUUUUUUCAUCAAUUUUGCUUCUUUUCUCAUUUUUUCCGAUUUUAUUUUUAUUUAACUUACCGACUUCCACCAAUUUAUUACUUUAAUUUUUUUAAAAUCGGUUCCAAUCAUUUGUUUGCUGCGUGCUUUCCUCUCUGUUUGGGGGAAAACAUAGAAAAACACAAAUAUCCUAUUCACAAUCUCGAUUUCUGUUUGAUUUCUAAGUGAACCGCUGCACAAAAUGUUGUAUUUUUCUAUCAACUUCCAUCCAAAUUUAUCUUGAAAGUUGGUAUACAGGUAUGGAGUGUUAUGAUUUCAGGAGAAGAUGGUGCAGUUCUUAGACGGGCUGAAACAUUUGCUUUCUGCUAUUGUAAGUUGUUGUGACUCUGAGAUAUACAAGCAACCAAGGGGACUGGAAAGUCCUGAAGCUCUAGCGAGGGAAACAGUGUUCAGUGUUAGCGAAAUCGAAGCUUUGUAUGAAUUGUUUAAAAAGAUCAGUAGUGCUGUAAUCGACGACGGCCUGAUUAACAAGGAAGAGUUCCAGCUUGCACUAUUUAAAACAAAUAAAAAGGAGAGCCUAUUUGCUGACAGGGUUAGUUUUCAUGCGCCAAAUACUGCAAAUUCCUUUAACAUGUCAGACAGGGUAUUUGACUUGUUUGAUACAAAGCACAAUGGAAUAUUAGACUUUGAAGAGUUUGCACGUGCUCUAUCAGUUUUCCACCCGAAUGCUCCUAUUGAUGACAAGAUUGAAUUUUCCUUCCAGUUAUAUGAUCUCAAGCAACAAGGAUUCAUUGAGAGGCAGGAGGUAAAGCAAAUGGUGGUGGCCACACUAGCAGAAUCUGGAAUGAAUCUCUCGGAUGAUGUUAUAGAAAGCAUCAUAGAUAAGACAUUUGAGGAAGCAGAUACCAAACAUGAUGGGAAGAUUGACAAAGAAGAGUGGAGGAACCUUGUGAUGCGACAUCCAUCCCUCUUAAAGAAUAUGACCCUUCAAUACCUCAAGGACAUCACGACCACAUUCCCCAGCUUUGUAUUUCAUUCUCAAGUUGAUGAUACCUAGGACGAAUAACACCUCUGGUUACAAGUGUUGGUAUUGCGACAUGAUGGCGACUCUCUGUAUAAGAUCUGCUGAAGAAAACUCUGAACCAAUUGAAUGCAGAGGUGAAAAUGCUGAAUUCUUUUGUUCCUUCACUAUGCGGCCGUUGUCUGGCUUUACAGAUCAGUGUUCAACGAAACAUUUCAUUGAUGUCAACACUUGGAAUGCUUGAGCACAUGUAUCUUAUCUGUUAGUUUUUUGGUUUUAUUCAAGUAUGAAACAAGGCUUUGGUUGUGUUUUUUGUCGCGAGCUUCCUUUAUAUGGUCUAGGAAGAGGUAUUGGUGAUAUGUUGAUAGCAUAUGUUAUUAUCAUCUCAUGUAGCAGCUCUCUGUGCUUUCCCAUUCAAUUUAGCAGUUUGUGUAACACUAA